CAAUCAAAUUUCAGAUCACAUUUCUACUUCCUGUUUUUAGCCAUGCUCAAUGUUUACUAUAAGCUGCAAGAUGAACAUUUUCAAUAACAUUAAACCUCUGUCUAGGCUCUCCUUGUCAUAUGUUAGUCGCGUUUUGCCAAAGACGAGAUUUGAGAGUUACUCGACCACCUCAAAGAAAUGUUACCGGUGCCAAAGUCUUCUGUGGAAACGAGCUCCAGUGCUUUUGUGGACACAUCAGAGGCGCACAGUGUGUCCCUUCAGAGGCUUUUCAGACACGAGUGAUUUAAACCAUUUGUCCAAAACCGAUCCGACAAGUGACUCCAGUGACAGCUACACAAGGGAUCAAGGCUCACCUCAGGAUUUCUCUCUUGACGUACUGGUGGCUCUUCUGAAGCAGGAAAAUGCACUGGACCUCUGUGUUGUCAAAGUCCCAAAGCAGAUUAAUUAUGCACAGUACUUAAUUGUCGUCAGUGGCUACUCAACUAGACACCUCAAGGCGAUGGCGCUUUAUGCUAUCAAAGUGUAUAAAUAUAUGAAGAAAAAUCAUCAAACACAUGUCAAAAUUGAAGGAAAAGACACAGAGGACUGGAUGUGUAUAGACUUUGGCAAUAUGGUGGUUCAUUUCAUGCUCCCGGAGUCUAGGGAAGUUUAUGAACUGGAGAAGUUAUGGACACUCCGCAGCUAUGAUGAACAACUAAGAAACAUGCCCAUGGAGAGAUUACCAGAAGAUUUUAUCUAUGAUCUUGAAGUUACAAAGUGAUUCUAAAUAUAAAAAUCAUGUGUGUCUUUCUAUAGUUUGUGAAAGUCUAGAAUUAUUGAGCCUUUUUAUUAAAUAAAUUAUAACAAUUGA